AAAGUAAAAUUCGAUGCUAUACCAAGAGAUAAAGAGUGGGGCUAUGCAGAAUUUCAUUGCAAUAAGUGUGGAAAUGAUUUUAGAGGGUGGGCCCAGAUGGGUACUACCAGCCCGUGCUACCGCUGCGGUGCCAUGGUAACGCCCACGUGUAUUUUACCGCCGCUUCGCUACAGCCCCGGCGGAGGACCUGGACGGAGAGGAGGGAACAGACACAGCUGCUCUUGUUGUAUGAACGGUCGUCCGUGCUGUCACCCUCAGGUCAGACGAAGGUUUGGUCUGCCACGUGUUGUCUACAGCAGUAACGUUCACGUCAGUUCCGGUUCUACCGUCGCCACGUUCUUGCCACAGGACGAUCUGAUGAAUGACAACGAUUUCAUCGCAUACGACCGCCUUUCUCCCAUACCAAGUGAUGACGGAAGUGAUGACGAAAGUGGCGGAGGGUCGCGGCCGUGAUGGAACCCAAGGGGAUGAUGGGAAUGGGUGACGUGGAAGCUGCGUGAGACCGUUUUUUAUUUGUUAGUUUGUUUGAGGCUUUGGGAAUGAUCAAGCAGCCAUGAGGAUUUGAGACUGUAAUGGAAAAUAUUGCCCAGAAUAAACCUUUUCUUUUGAACCCCACGAGCCUACGGGCCUGGAUGGGAUACAUAAUGGCAUGAAUAGGUAAAUAAAUAUGCAGACACAAGAAUAAAGAGCACAAAGAAGCACCAUAUGAGUGACAAGGUUGUUCGUUCCCACCACAUAAACUGUUGGUGUAAGGAAGCUGAGAGAGAGAGAGAGAGAGAGUGAGAGAAUUAAAGGCGGCCAUACACUGAAAACCUGUUUCAGGUUUUACAGAAUAAGACUCACUUAAAAUCAUGUCCACACUCGCAAAGGAAUAGCCCCACUCUUUAUCUCUUGGUAUAGCAUUGAAUUUUACUUUACAGCCAUAACACUUUGAAACCUACAAAAAUAAUUUUGUCUUAUGAGAAAUAAUACAAGAUCAAUUCUGAUGGGUUAUAGUUCAAAAUAUUUGUUUUUUUUUAUUUUUCUGUGUCAUUGCCUUCAUCCUAGACUGGGUUCCCGUACCUAGAUCGACCUAACAGGAUCGAUCCAUUCCCGGGGGUUUCUCGCUAAAUUGCUUU